UGGAAACACACAUCAACCAAUCGUUCACUAUUUAUCUCUCGCAAGCUUAAGGCUCCACGAAACAGACACAGUAGCUUGCUUAUCUAUACACGAAUCCCAAACAUCAUUUUCUCAACCAAACUUCAGUUUCAACCCCUGACGUAGUUCACAGCACAAUAAACCUUUUUUUCCCUUCAUCUCCGUUAGCCCAGAAAAAGAAGAUACAUACAUACAAGAAAAUGACGGUGGCAAGUUCUGAUUAUGCAAAUUACCUUCACGGAGGUCUCCUCAACGACCGGUAUUUAAGAAUGAAGGGCUUAAAUGAAGGAUCUUUUGGUAUUGUUUCCAUAGCAAAAGAUACCAAAGAAGGCAAUACAUUGGUGGCGAUCAAGUACAAUACAGGCAGGCUAGGGGAUUUUGAAGCCUAUCAAAACAAGACCAAAUCAGAGGAUCAUAUUGUGAAAGUCAGAUCGAUGAGUCUGAACUCAAACACUAGGUCUGCAAUCAAGUCAGAUGCUACAUUUUCAAACACGGAAACAAGCGAUAAAGAUGUUAGCAAGUCGAUAGUUUUGAGAGAAACGAAGCAAGAGAUUGCGAUGAUCAAGAAAGUGGAUACCCAUCCGAACAUAACGACAUUGCUAGACUACUUUGACACCUACAUGGUUUUUGAGUACGCACCGAGGGGUGAUCUACAUGACGCUAUUCAACUUGGUAUAGCUCCCGUUGCCACAAGUGAUGUCAUUGAUGUUUUUAUGCAAUUGAUCAGUGCGGUGGAAUUUUGCCAUAAAAAUGGCGUCUAUCAUCGUGAUAUCAAACCUGAAAAUAUUCUUAUUGCAGAUGACUGGUCCAUCAAGUUAACUGAUUUUGGGUUAGCGACAGACCAUUUGAUCUGCAACGAUUUCGACGUCGGAAGUGAGCGUUACAUGGCUCCGGAAUUGUUGGAACAUUCCGACAUUGACAGUUAUGCUGCAGACAAGGUAGAUAUCUGGUCUUUGGGUAUUUGCUUGCUAAAUAUCGUAUUCGGGAAAUCCCCCUUCAGGUCAGCAAGUUCCAAAGAUAAGAUGUUCUUACAUUACGCCGCAAAUAGGGAAACCCUUUUUGACAUCUUCCCAUUCAUGAGUUACGACUUGUUUUCUGUUAUGAUCCAUUCUCUAACUAUUGAUCCGGCCAAUAGAGACUUAGAGAUGAUUAAAGUGAACCUGCUGAAUAUCGAUGUGUUGACCUAUGAUUACGAAUUCGAAGAAGAUGUCGAUGACAUAAAGGCCAAAGCUUUGGUCGAGGAGAUUGGUGAAGAUGAAUCUUACGAAGCAGAUGGUAAACAAGGCAAUGCGAAAUCUGAGGCUGCAAAUACAGCUAAGGUUGAAGAUACUAUCAGCGAAAUCAAGCCCGCAGCCAAAGGCGAAAACCCAGUGGUGCUGUUUGACAACUCACCAAAUAAUAUUGACAAAGGAGAAAAUGCCACUAGAACUGACCCAAUUUCCACAGGAGCUAAUUCAGAGGUACGCACAAAUGAUGGCAAGAGUGAAAUUGACAUGUCAGAACCUAAACAUUCUCCAAAUAUCAAUCCUUCACUACAACCUUCUGCUGUUUUAGAAUCAGCAAAUCGGAAGAUGGGUUUGAUUGAUACUUUGCUAGGUACAGACACGAACAAUAACUACACGGUUUCGGAACCAAUUAAUAUCCAAAAGAAAUAUGAGCCGCCUCACAAGCUUCUGGCUAAUUCGCUUAAUGACAGUAAGAAAUUUAAUAUCAGUAAUGAGAACAGAAAAGCAAACAACAACAAUAACUAUAGGGCAAGACGUUGGAACCCUGCUCAUCGUAAGCCUUUGAAAAUAGCGAAUUACAAUUACAGAAACAAAUCACAGGAUGGAAGAAUUGGCGGCCGUGAUUCUUUGAAAGACGACUCUUUUGAUUUUAACAGGAAGGACUUUUUCACUCCUAGGUCCGUCUUUACUCAUUACAUGGAAAAAGCUAAUAGAGGCAAACAAAACGUUCAACAGAGAGGCUCAUAUUAUAGAAAGAACAAAGAGUUUGAGAACUCUUCGAACAACUACACUUAUAAUUAUAGACAUGCAUUCAACAAUACCAACAACUAUUAUGAUUACAGUGACAGAAGAGCUUGGCAAAAGAGGAAGAGGAGAUCAAGCAAUGUACCUUCUAGUAAUAGUAACAAAAAUAAGAAUAGUUACAGAUCAGGCAAUCUAAGAUCUAGGAAUAGUAAAUGGGAGGCUCCCCUAUGGAAUUCAAGUAAUGACCACAAAUCGAAAAACCCACGGAGGUUAUCUGCUGGCAUCUCUUCUGGCGCAAACUCUCAUCCAGUUCGGGUAACAAGCUCAUUGAGAUCGUCAAUGGAUGGAAAGUACAUACCACCCAAUUUACGUUUCAAUGCAUCAAAUUUACUUGGGUCAGCUGUUGUUUCUGACGAUGAUACGGAGACAGAUAAUGACUUUAUGAGUGGCUCCAGCAAGCGUACAAGCAAGGGUCAUUUUGAAAGUCCAAGAGAAAUAGAAGAUAUCGCUGAAGACGAUGACGAUACUGGCGAUGAUCAAGUUGAACACGCCGAAGAUUCUGACGAGGAAACUUUCUCUUUUGAAUUUGACCAGCCGACCGUAUCAAGAAACAAUGGUAUGAAUUUUUUAGCGGGAGUUUCACCCUCAGACGACGGCGAAAAGUUCGAGCAGAUCCAAUCAAAUGCAAUGAAUUUGCUAUCGAAACAGUUCACCGAGAGUAGGCUAUUUGACGAAAAGAAUAACUCAAGGGACACAUCUUUAACUACUACGGUGUCAAAUAAUUUCUCAAGCACAGGAUCGAAUAUAAACACAAGUCCCAAAGGCUACAAGAAGUAUAUUCCUCCUCACCACAGACGAAGCUCCCACUCUGCUGCCGAUACUACAGGUAAUCUGACAAGUACUUUGACAGACAAACCAGCUAGCAAUGUGAUCAUGAAUCAUUUUAUUGACCGUUCGAGCAACAAGAACAUGUCACCGGUAUCAACUUCUGCACCUACAAAGUCUUCAUCCUUUUUCAGCUCUUGUAAAAACAUUGCUCCGCAUGAAUUAUUGACAGAAAAGGGGUAUGAUGCUUUUGUUAACAGUGAUCAAUACAACGAUAAUUUGUUCAACAUUGAGGAAGGGAAUUACAUAACGCCAACAAAAAUGAUGGUUAACGGAUUAUCGGAGCAGAAAUUCAUAGCAAAUGGUAGCAUCGACGAUAAAACAUCAGGUUAAAAUUUUUUUUAUUUUUUUUUCAAUAUUUUUGAAAUGAUAA